UUAGCCAUGGGGUGUCGCUGCAGUUAAACCUCCGUCGGUUUUAAACUUCCACCGGAAGUCUUCUCGGUCUCUUUUAUCAGGCCGAUCCAACAUGGGACGAGUCAGGACCAAGACGGUGAAGAAGGCCGCCAGGGUCAUCAUCGAGAAAUACUACACCCGGCUGGGAAACGACUUCCACACCAACAAGAGGGUGUGUGAGGAGAUCGCCAUCAUCCCGAGCAAGAAGCUCCGCAACAAGAUUGCCGGGUAUGUGACACAUCUGAUGAAGAGGAUCCAGCGCGGUCCCGUCAGAGGAAUCUCCAUCAAGCUGCAGGAGGAGGAGAGAGAGAGGAGGGACAACUACGUUCCAGAGGUGUCUGCUCUGGACCAGGAGCUCAUCGAGGUCGACCCCGACACCAAGGAGAUGCUGAAGCUGCUGGACUUCGGCAGUCUGUCCAACCUGCAGGUCACCCAGCCACCUGUCGGCAUGAACUUCAAGCAGCCCCGAGGAGUCUAGACAUCUGUAAACUUUAUUCCUAAUAAAAUCCGUUUGGGACAAAAAAAGCCUUGACUGUGCGGGACUUCUGAUUUAUGAAAUUAUGUUUCACUGGAAUAAAUUCAGAUGGAGUUUGAAUCCU